UGUAAGAGCAGAACCUACGACGGUACUGCACGUGCGUUUUGUAAGGCCCGAGCGCGACCUGCGACGCCGCGCGCGCGAUGCCGGACGCUGCAACGUUGUCGUCGGAGUGUAAACAAAAAGCGUAAACAAAAAAGUGUAAACAAGACCCCAACGCGGCUCGGGUGUGAGGCAGAGAUUUCAAGUUGUUUGACAUCCAUGAACUUGGUGUCUGGCGGCCGUGUCGUGGCGGAGAACUUGUGUCUUUAAGAAUUUUCUUACAAUACACACAAUGCCUCCAAGAAAGUUGGUAGAGACGUUGGAGCAUAUGUGCUUCAUGGUGCUUGCAGGCAACAUUCACCAGAUGGCAGUAGAAUUAGAAGAAGGAGUUGAAAGUUUUAAGGUAUCAGAGGAACAGUUAUCAUGUAUGGUUGAAUCCCUUCCAGGAGUCAUAAAUGAAAAUUUGAUAACAAAAGUGAUUGAAACAAUACACCAAACUGUAAGCAGGACACGUAGAACUAUUGGCAUGGCAACCUGCCUCCGUGUUCUUUUGCAGCCUUGUGUUCAAACCUUAGAUCUGAGUGGACUAUUCUUUAAAAUGAGACUCCCAGGAGCAAUAAAUAUGACAAUUAGAAGUAUUGUUUUAGAACAUGUGGAAAGCAUGAAGAAUCUGACUGUUUUGAAUAUGGUAAGCAAGUGUAGUGAUGAAAUUUUACACAUUGUCAGCCAGAGCUGCAAAGGCAUUGUUGAUAUCAAUGUUUCCAUCUCAGAUUUAGUCACAGAUGCUGGACUAAAAGCUUUGGCUGUAGGAUGCCCAAAAUUAGAAAAACUUGGCAUAUACAAGUGCUGGGAAGUGACGACAGAUGGCAUUGAGCAUGUUCUUCGGCAUUCAAAGAACUUACAAAGGCUUCAGAGUGACCAGUUGGGAUCCGUUUUGAUCAAUAAGUUCUACAAGUCCGAUAGUGAAUUCAAGUUAACACAUUUUGAACAAACUCAGACACUGUUCGAGCCCCUUGAAGAGGAGAUAGCGUGGGUGGGCAGAGCCUGUCCGGACUUAGAAUCUGCCAGUCUUUUUUUGGAUGAUGAAAGUCUUGCACUGCUGCCUAAACUGGGUGAUGUUAAAAUAUUAGAAGUUGAAACAUCAGCAAUACUAGGUAAAGGGUUCGUAAAAGCUGUGACAAGUUUAGGACAUUGUCUUACAACCCUGCAGCUCAACUGUGAUGAUGUAAAUCAAGAGAAACUAGUACUGUUGGGAAAGCAGUGCCCUCAGUUGACCACGUUACACAUCACCACAGCCACAGUCGAAGGAGAUGAAAGACUGCUAAACCCAGGCCAUCUGUUCUCAUCUCUCACCUCACUGCACCUCCAAGUUUGGAAAGAAGCUGUUAUAAGUAAUGAAUGUGUGGAAUUUUUCCUCCUGUGGUGUUUCAAGCUCGAAUCUCUUGUACUGAAAGCAGAGGUUGAAUUUCUGACUGAUCAGUACUUAAAUAGAAUUCUCCUCGCCAACCCUCUGAAGCAGGCAAAGCGUAUUAUCAUUGCAUCUGAUAAGCACGUACCCCUCACAUAUGCAAGUGUUCAUCGCCUGAUUGCUUCGUGCCCAAACCUGGACAACCUUGGGGUGUCAUCAUGGAAUCUCACUGAGGAGGAAUUCUUCCAAAUUCGGGAUGAUGCCAAGAAAAAUAAUUAUAAUCUGAUGAUCUCAUAGUGUGUGGGAAGACUGUCCACUGCAGCUUGGUUUCAAAUAAAAAGGGUCAGAUUUCAACUUUAGCAGGUGUAACUGUAACUUAAACCCACAGCAUUGAUCUUUAAUUUUUUUUUUGAGUGCACUGUACUUUCAAUUUUUUGAUAAAAUGAAAGAAGUGGCAAGUAGGUCUGUUUGUUUUUGGUAUUUCAUGUUCACAACAGCUGUACAAGAUAAGCACUGCUCAAUAAAAUAUUUUAUUAUAUUUUUCUGAUGUGUAUUUUAGUAGCAGGUGAAGCAGCUAAGGUAGAUUUCAUGUAUAAAUAUUUGGACAGCAGUUAGUAAUCUUGUAAACCUUAUAUGAACUGCAAGAUACACUGCACUUUGCUUCACAGUAGCUUUGUAGUAUAAUGUAAUAGAAAAAAGGAUAUAGAAAAGGAGAUUACAAAAUGAAGAGAUCUCAUUGUGACAUCUUCAGAAAAGAGUAUUACUAAGAAUGAACAACUUCAGAACAUGAAAGAUGUAUAAAACAAAUUUUUAUUAUAUCUUGGUCAGAAAUGUUUCUGAUGAAGAUAUAAUUUCACACAUCAAAUACAUCUCAUGCCCUGUGAAGUUAUUCAUUCUCAUUCAUAACUCUUUCUACAGAGCAAGCAUAGGAGGGAUAAUCUUUCUAAUGAAUGGACUGACUUCAAGGAGUAACAACACUGUUAUUUGUUUUAUGGUACAAAUUAUAUAUUCACUUAUCAAAAGUUCAUGUCAGAUGUACAAAUGAAUGGGAUUGUGCUGCUGGAAACCUCCCAAAUUCAAAGAAUAGCUUACCAUACAACAACAUAAUGUACACUUGUGAAAAUAAAAUCACAAGCUAAUGUACAGGUUGGUUAGGGAUUCGUUCCAUAGGUCUGUUUGCAUAAAUAAUGUAAAUAAUUACAAACUGUUAGACUAAUAAUUUAGUGGAAGAAUAGAAUAAGGUGCCUAUAUUUUCUAUUUGUAAAUUAUAAAUUUUAUGAACUGUUACCAAGGGAAACAUGUAAGAGGAAACAGAUACAUGGAUUUAUGAGUUAUUUCCUGUUAGUUUGUGUGUACAUAUUGUAUAUGUAUAUAAGACAAAAUUCUUUACACAAAGGAAUUAGUUUGCAUUUUAAAUGAUGACAUUUUGAAUACAAUUGUUUGUCUCUUUAGUCCCUUUUAUGUGACAGAUUUUAGAAUAGGAUUUUAAUUAUAAUAAAUCAUAAUGUAU